CACUCAGUUUCCUUAUAUUUAACUUCCAUUUAACAGUACCAGGCUGGUUGUGAAUCGCUACAGACUUCCGGAGUCGUUCCAUGUCAAGUCGUCGUGACGGUUUCCCGAUUUCUUGACUUGACAACGCCUUCUGACGUCAGCCGCACCGACACUACAAGGAACUCACCUGGCUGGCUCGGGAACGGACGGACGAGCAGGGAAAGAACUAACUUUUCCUCCUCUGGAAUAAAAACUUCCAAUUGUGGAUUUUUUUUUUUUUUAAUCGCAUCUGGGACGUUUAUGGCCCGGCGGACAGUGCAGUUGCGAUUGAAGAAGUAAUAACUAAUAGGCACUUCCGUGGUUGUGACUUCAGCCAGGCAUUUGGCACAAGGAAACAUGGAUCUCACAAAUGACAUAGAGCUGCAGCUCUUCAAGACCAAUGGGAACGAUGGAGCAUCAAAUUUGUCUCAUGAACAGGGGACAGCAGAGGAUGAUGUAGAUGGUGCGCCCUACAGGAUCCCUAAUGCAACAGAGAGAGACAUGCUGCUUAAUGUGCAGACUAGCAGUUGUAAUGGGGAGAUGGUGGUCCAUGCAGCAGAAGCUCAAAGCAAUCUGGGAAAUGCAUACACUCCUCAAAAGAACAGCUGCGUGGACAGGAUAAAGAGAGAGCUGAAUGAGGUUGUCUACCAGAAAGUCAAAGUGUGGAUGGUCAUCAUCUUCAUCUUUGUUCUCAUCUUGGCUGUGAUAAUAAUCUCGCUGGUCCUGUGUUCAGUGAUCCACGAGGACGAGGAUGAGAACUUUGACAGUUCGUUGUUUAAAGUUCCUCGGUCUUUCAAUGGGAGCUUCCAACUGCCCAAUCUGGUCUUCACAGAGAAACUUUCCACCCGUUCCUCUGAUGAAAGCCAAACACUUGCUGCUCACCUUCAAGAAAAGCUGGCUGGCCUCUACAGAUCCUCCCCUGCUCUGGGACGAUACUUCUCCGAAGCUGAGAUAUCUGCUUUCAGGAACGGUUCAGUCAUCGCUGACUACCAGCUGACAUUUGUCAUGCCUGAGGAGCAGCAGGAUCAGCUGAGGAACGUAACCCUGAGCAGGGAGAUGGUGUACAAUGUGUUCAGACAGUUUCUAUAUGACCAGGAGCAGCCAGAUGAGUCAGGGCAGAUGACUCUUGAUGACUACAUUGAUCCAAUUUCCCUAAACAUGUGUUUAAGACACUAGUGGCACAUGUAGGGCUGUGUAUUGGCAAGAAUCUGGCGAUAUGAUACGUAUCACGAUACAUGGGUCACGAUUCAAUAUAUUGCAAUAUAUUUCGAUACUGUGCGUGA